CCUCACGUAAUAUGCCGGGAUUUGUUGAUUUUGAAACAACAACAAAAAUGUGAUCGCAGCAUCCUUGAGGAACCUUCCAGUAAUCCCUGUGACUGCUUGGAGGUUAAGAUUGGGUUGUAACAGAGUAUCAGAGCAAGACGUUCCUACCUGUCAGCUAGUGAUUGUUCUGUAUGGUGACAUGAGCAGAGUCGCCUGACUUCUCCCACUUAUUACAGAUGUCCGGCUUAGAUAUGUUGAGCAUCCUGCUAUGAUGUCCAUCACCAAGCCAGAACACUCCGAGGCCAACCCUCAGUGCCAGACUGGCAGCCGGCCGGUGGCUGAGCCCGAGACCCCUGCUGUUCACAAGAACAGUGGAAGCUGGCUCAGCUGGGUCUUUGGGAGUGGAAAAGUUAAUAAGAAGGAGGUUCAUCUACCUGAGGACAAAGACAGAUCUAUUGUCUGGGAUCCAACUCUGCACAGAUGGGUUGACAAAACUGAGCCCAAGGCUGAGAACAAGCUUGUACCACCAACUCCACCGAUGGGGAUGUAUGGAUUUCAGGGGAACCCUGGCAGUGUCCCCAAAGGAGUGAAUCCUUACUCCAUGAAAGCAGCAGGUCUAUGGGGCAGCAGAUACCCUACAAUGCAUUACACUGAUGGGACCAACUCAAAGCCUCCAAGCCAGGGGCCAUGACCACUUCCUCGACAGCUCUCUGGCCUGCUCCCUCCCUCACACUUUGACCUCAUGGCACCAAUGAUUGUGCCACCUGACACUCUACCCUACUGACGUAUGAAUCUGGAAAAUCCUUCCAAAAUGUAUCCAUUCAUCAUUAACUGAGCUUUUACUUUAACAUAGCAAAAGGCUGAAGUAGCACGGAUGUUAACUAUUUUU